AUGAAUCGAACAAAUCUCUUACCGUUUAACGAAUUUAUGAUUGAUAAUUAUGACUCAAAACAACAAAAACAAUUAGUUCAUUCUCAAUCAUAUCCGCCUUAUUAUUCAACGUCAUCGACAGAUCUUUCUGCGUAUGAUGAAAUAUCAAAGUUUAUCGACGAAAUUGAAGAACUUGACCCACAAUUGAAUAAAAAGAUGGAAAAAGAGGAUGGGAUAAGAGUUGAACAGCAUAAGAAACAUUGGAAAUGUAUGGUAUGUCGUGCGGACGCAUUUGGAUUUAAUUUUGGUCAAAUUACAUGUGAAUCGUGUAAAGCAUUUUUUAGAAGAAACGCGUUGCUAAACAAGCCUGAUUUAAAAUGUCAUUUAUCUGGUUAUUGUGAAAUGAACGUGAAUACUCGUCGACAAUGUACUUAUUGUCGUUUACAAAAAUGUUUUGAUGUUGGAAUGAGAAAAGAAUGGAUUCGCACCGAUAAAGAAAAACACAUAAAAAAAUGUUUAAUGUCAAAUAAUCGACUAUUAAAAGAAACUGUAAUACACAAACAAACUGUUAGUAUAUUUUAUUUUUAUUAA